AUGCAUUCAAAUAACGAAUCUGUUGUUCAUCCUUCUUCUCCAAAAAAAUAUAUUGAGGAUGAAUAUUUUUAUGAUGACUAUUCUGAUGAAGUUUAUAAUAACCUUGACAAUUUACGUAGAGAAAAGCUCUCUGAAAUUGAUAACGCUGACUUUCAAUGGUUUCAUAUCAGAGCUUGUAUAGUAUCUGGUGUUGGUUUCUUUACUGACGCGUAUGAUCUAUUCGUUAUAAAUUUGGUUUCUACUAUGUUGGGUUAUGUCUACUUUAAAAAUUUGGAUAAUACUGUUCCUAAGUUGAUCGAUAUGGGGUUAAAAAUGUCUGCUGCUUGUGGGACUCUGAUAGGUCAAUUAGUUUUUGGUUGGUGUGCUGAUCAUUAUGGUCGCAAAAAGAUGUAUGGUUUGGAACUUUCUUUAAUAAUCGUUUCUACACUUGGUUCUGCGCUCUGUGCAAAUUCUUUCGCUAUCACUCUUUGGGGAUCACUUAUGUUAUGGAGACUCAUAUUAGGUAUUGGAAUUGGUGGUGAUUAUCCUUUAUCUGCCGUUAUUACAAGUGAAUUUGCUACUAAAAAGAGACGUGGAGCUAUGAUGGCUGCUGUUUUCUCCAUGCAAGGUUUCGGCAUUCUAUCCGCGGCUGUAGUUUCGGUGGUUACUCUGGCUCUUUACAAAGAUCUUAUAGCACAAGAACCUGAUUACAUUGAUCAUGUAUGGAGAAUAGUAUUAGGCUUUGGUGUUGUCCCAGGUAUCGUUGCCUUAUAUUUCCGUCUAACAAUUCCGGAAACUCCACGUUAUACUAUGGAUGUUAUGAAAGAUGUCGAAAAAGCUUCUCACGACAUUGAUAAUGUUCUAUCAUCGAACAAGAAAGAACAUGAUAAAAAUUCUCCUGCUUAUUCCAUAGAGGUUCCUCGCGCCACCUUUAAGGUACCUCUGUCUCCUGGCCUAGGAUUAAAUAAUUCAAUUAUCUUGUCGGCUAUUGGUUUCUCUAAUAGCCCUGAUGUUUAUACUGCCUUAUGGAAUAUGUCCGUUGGCAACAUUAUUAUCACUAUGUUAGGAACGGUUCCUGGUUAUUGGUUUACUGUCUUUCUAGUAGAUAAAUGGGGCCGUAUAAAAAUCCAAUUAAUGGGUUUUAUAGCUCUCACUAUAUUAUUUUUGGUUUUGGGUAUUGCUUAUCAUCAAAUUUUAAAGUUUUCUUUACCGUUAUUCAUCGUAAUAUUCACGUUAUGUCAGCUGUUUCAAAAUUUUGGCCCUAAUGCAACAACUUUCAUUAUACCUGGUGAAGUUUUUCCUACAAGAUAUCGUUCAACAGGUCAUGGAAUUUCCGCUGCAUCUGGAAAACUAGGGGCAAUCAUUGCACAAGUUGGUUUUAUAAAUUUAAAAGAUAUUGGAGGUCCAAACAUGUUCGUGGACCGAAUGAUGAUAAUUUAUGCUUUUUUUAUGUUUAUUGGUAUUUGGACAACUUUAUUAAUACCUGAGACAAUGAAUCAAUCUUUGGAAGAACUUUCAAAUGAGGAUCAAAUUGGUUUUGUUAAACCAAGAAAAAAUUCUCCUCCCAAAUCUGUUAGUAAUAAUUGGAGUUCCGAUAUGACAUCAGUUUCUGUCUAA